UUUAGCCUCUGGUAUCCCUGUCGCAGCUCGCCCGUCGUCCCUGUCCACUGCGCGGACCUCGGCCCCACACUCAGUGGCGAGCACAGAGGUGACAGACUCCGAGAUUUCGGAGUAGCCCUGCCUAGAAGCCGUGGCAUCUGCGACCGCACGGCCACUGGCCGGGACAAGUGCAGUGCUGGGACUGCUCCGAAGAUCUCUCCGAGGCCGCCGGUGACGCCCGCCGGGUCCUGCUGGCCGUCGAGCCCAGACAUCUGCUCACCGUCGGGGCAUCCCAGGGCCUCGGGUCGGUCCGCAGAGCGGAUGUGCGCCCGCUGAUCGUCCCACCCGGCCAGAUAUGGCCGCGCGCCCCGGCCCGCUCUGGCUAUUGGGCCUGGCGCUGUGCGCGCUGGGCGGAGGUGGCCCCGACCCACGCCCCCCGCCCGGCUGUCCCUCGCUUCGUCUAGGCGCUCGCGAGCGCCGCGACAUGCAGCGCGAGAUUCUGGCGGUGUUUGGGCUGCCCGGGCGGCCCCGGCCCCGCGCGCCGCCAGCUGCCGCCCGCCUGCCCGCCUCCGCGCCGCUCUUCAUGCUGGACCUCUACCACGCCAUGGCGGGCGACGACGACGAGGACGGCGGGUCCCCAGAGCGGCGCCUGGGCCGCGCAGACCUGGUCAUGAGCUUCGUCAACAUGGUGGAGCGAGACCACACCCUGGGCCACCAGGAGCCCUGUUGGAAGGAGUUCCGUUUUGACCUGACCCAGAUCCCCGCAGGGGAGAGGGUCACAGCUGCGGAGUUCCGGAUUUACAAGGCGCCCAGCACCCGCCCACUCAACAGGACUCUCCGUGUCAGCAUGUUCGAGGUGGUGCAGGAACGAUCCAACAGGGAGUCUGACUUGUUCUUUUUGGAUCUUCAGACGCUUCGAGCUGGGGACGAGGGCUGGCUGGUGCUGGAUGUCACAGCAGCCAGUGACCGCUGGCUGCUGAGCCGUAACAAGGACCUGGGACUCCACCUCUAUGUGGAAACUGAGGACGGAGCAGGGAGUCAUCUGUGUCCUGCUGUGAGCACUGAAGACAAGGACAGAGAAGUGCCCAGAGGAUUUAGUCACAGGAGGUUGUUGAUGACCAAGAGCUCAGCGUGGGGACAAAGUCCGAUGGGGCACAGCGUGGAUCCUGACCUGGCUGGUCUGCUGGGGCAACGGGCACCACGCUCCAGACAGCCUUUCCUGGUCACUUUCUUCAGGGCCAGUGCGAGUCCCGUGCGUGCCCCUCGGGCAGUGAGGCCACUAAAGAGGAGGCAGCCGAAAAGAACCAACGAGCUGCCACACCCCAACAGACUCCCGGGGAUCUUCGAUGACAUCCACGGCGCCAGCGGCCGGCAGGUUUGCCGUCGGCACGAGCUCUACGUCAGCUUCCAGGACCUCGGCUGGCUGGACUGGGUCAUCGCCCCUCAAGGCUACUCAGCCUAUUACUGUGAGGGGGAGUGCUCCUUCCCACUGGACUCCUGCAUGAACGCCACCAACCACGCCAUCCUGCAGUCCCUGGUGCACCUGAUGAAGCCGGACUUGGUCCCCAAGGCGUGCUGCGCGCCCACCAAGCUGAGCGCCACCUCCGUGCUCUACUAUGACAGCAGCAACAAUGUUAUCCUUCGGAAGCACCGUAACAUGGUUGUCAAGGCCUGCGGGUGCCACUGAGCCCACCCGCCCAGCCCUGCUGGCCCCCCCUUCCCACCUGGGUCAGGCGCUGCUCCAGGGGCAGGACGCCUUCAGACUCGGCAACAGCCCAGGCUGGGCUGGCAGGGAGCCCAUCAUCUCUCCUGCCUACUUCCCACCAGGUUUCUGGUCCUUUCCAGGUUCCUCCAUCCUCCUGACCAGCUGUCUCCCUGCCCAAUCCUUUGGUGGCGUAAUGCACCCAGCGGCCUUGGAGCUGGACAGUGUGCUGGUUGCACUGUCUGGGGUCAACACGGACAUCCUAUGUUAGGACCUCCAGCGGUUGCAGGCCCAGACUGUGGCUGAGGCUGGAUGGUCUGAGGUUGGCCAAGUUGGGCCUUGCAGCUGACCACAGGGUUUGGAAGUGGGCAGAAGGGCUCUUCCCCUUCCCAGGUGUGUGUAGCACAGGCACACUUCUGGGGCAUAAUUAGACGUGCACACAUCCCCAGCACCAUGUGUCACUGGGUUCCUGUAACUUGGCUUAUGGCACAGUUAGUGUAUUAUAAAAGAACAGACUGGAUGGGCUCCAUGACCUCAGGCUGAAGCUGGUGGGUACAUGUUACAGCGAGUGUCUUUCUGGCCCUGUGCCUGCCCCUUCUGCUUGGUGAGUGCCAAUGAACCCGGGAGCUUCACGUUCCUUCAUCUGCCCUCACUACACUGACUCACAUCAGGGUCAGCAGUGAGAUAACGUUAACUCACAGCAGAAGCAAGGACAGUGGCUCCAGCGUGUGGUCCAUCCAGCCUGGCAGAGGAAAUGCCACCACAGCUUACCCUCUUGCCCAUAGCCAGUAUCUAUCAGCAACUUGUGUACCUUUCCCACUGAACCUGGCCAGGGCCUCAGGACUUCAGCAUGGAGCUACAGCCACCACCAGCUGUUCAGUUGGCAUGAACUCAGUUUCUCCUUCCUGCCCACUGAGGAGCCAUCCAUGCUGCCCAAAGCAUGUGACUGGGCAACCUUUGCUUAUGUCUGGAGUUCAGAACAGGCUAGUCACCAAAGUCUGCAUCACCUUGGGUGCCCAGCAGCCCUGUCCUGUGUCUUGGGCCUGUGAGUCAAAGAAAAAGUCCCUGUCCCUGGAAGUGACAGGUGGUCAUUAGACUGAGCUGGGUGGGGAGGUUUGUCUCAGCCCCUGCUGUUUCGGGAAACCACUGUUCUCCCUGGAGCAGCUGUUGGGAGCUGGGGUGUUUAUUUGAUUUCUGACUUGCUAGGCCUGUAAUUUACCUGCUGGAACAGACAGAGUCUGGCUGCCUGAACUGUGCCAUUAAAAGCGGACCCUGGGCCUGCCCCACCCAGGCGAGGUGGAGCCACCAGGGUGCCCAAGGACAUGCCUCCCUAGAGUUCACGCGCUGCACCCUGAGGAUGGGCCCGAAGGAGAGCAGGGCUGGCCACAGGGCUGGAGGCUGGGCCCUGUUGCAGGACAGUGUCCCCAACCUGGACCAGCGCAGAAGACACCGUCCCCUGUACACGAGAGUGGGCCCCAGCUGUCUGGAAGGUGGUGAGCUCCCCAUUAGCCUAAGAUUUCAAACACAGGCUGGCAGAGAGUGGACAUGACACUGGCCUCCAUCUCAGGAGACCAGCUUUCUGGUCAGCCACUGGCUUGGUGUCAGAACAAGUCCCCUUUCUUAGUCACACCUCAGCUUCCCAUCUCUGCCAUGAACACACAGUGCUUUCUUCAUUCCAAAGGCCCUGCUGGCCAGACAAUCUGUGCCACCCUGACCCUCUCCCCAGGCCUGAGAGCCCUGCUGGCUCAGGACAUGGUGUCCAUUUGCCAUUUUAGAACCUAACUUAACAGCUGUCUCCUCUCACCAUUAGUGACAGUCGAUGUUUGAACACUUUGACAAAUGUCAGUCUUUGGUCUCUCUUUAGUGCCCAGCAUACAAGCUGGCCACUGUGAAAUAAAUGUUCUGAAGAUGCAGCCUGCCUGCCUGGUGGGUGCCCAGAGGAGAGCAUGGUCACAGCCUUCCCGAUGGCUGGCCAUCCAGGCAACACCAAAUGACAUCCAAUUGAAAAGACAUCUGAAAAAGGAGAUUAUUACAGACACAAGCUGAGGAGGGUUAGUGCUGUCGCCAAGGCCAUCUUGUUGGUCUGGCUGCCUGGCCCAGGAUAUGUUCAAGGCUGCACAUUACAAGUGUUAAGUAAGGGUGGCCCGCUCGGCCCACUGGCAGCGAGAAGCCAGCACUGACGGGGAGGACACAAAGGAAGCGCACAUUCAGUGCUGUCUUCACAACUGCAGCCCACGGCUGGGCUUGAUGCCAGGUGAGCUCUAGAAAGUGGGUAACAUAAAUCCCCACAAUUCCACUGAGGCUGUGAGCAGGAGCAGGCAGGUGUGAGGGUCAAGCAGAGCUGACAUUACACAUCCUCUUUGCCUGUUCCUUCCUCUGGAGAAGGGGGGUAUCUGCCUCUGUGAGGCCACGAGGGCCAGAUGUGCCGCAGGGCUCUUGGCACCAUGCAGACACGUGUAAUAAAUAGUACCUACGACCAGACCCAUUUCAACAGAUUGUAAACAUGGGCCUGUCCUGCAUGCCCCUCUCCUCCUGGAAUGUGCCCUGGAGGGGCUGCUGGAUUUACCUCAAAACUGUGCUUUCCUAAAAUACCUAAACACAGUCAUCUCUGGGGAUGAGGUGUGGCCUGCACCCUCACCUGCUUGUGGAAGGAGUCUGGGCCCACAGUGAUCCAGGAUGCUGGCGUCUCCCUGAGGCAGUGACUCCCUCAGCUCCGUGUCCUCUCUGCAAGCUGAUGGGAAACUUUCUAUCCCACAUUUCUCUUCUUACUGGAAAGCCUUGAGCAAGCAUUACUGCCCCCCCUUUUUAAAUCUUCCUCUCACUUUAGAAAAUAUAAUGUGUGCUGGUGAAAAUUUGGUAACUAAAAAUGGAAUGCAAACAGCCAUGCUCCAUACCACAAGAGCUCACCUGUGCUAGUAAUUCCUUCCUGUUUUUUUUCUUGGCGCACACAUUUGUUUUUAUAUGCGGUAUAUGGAUAUUUCAUAAAGUUAGGGUCACACUGUAUGCAUUGCUGGGUUAGCUGAUUUAUUCAAUUUAUGACAUAUUUUGACCAUUAUUAAAUGUUCUUUAGAAACAUAA